UUUUGGGUGGCAGAGAAACUUCCUGUCCUGCGGAGUUUAUUCAGACUGUUUCAGUCUCGUCCGUCUGCUGACUCAGAAACAACCUCUGCUGCUGUUUCAUUCAUCAGAUUUUACUCAUCUCAAACAGAUCGUGAAAAUGAAGAUUGCAGCCUUCAAUGUCAAGAAACUGGGAUGGAAAAAAGUCAACAAUGUGUUUGUGCAGAAAUAUCUCAUCAAGAUUGUGUCUCGGUACAGCGUGGUGGUGAUGCUGGAGGUGAUGGAUCAGAGCGGUAAGGCCAUGGACAAGUUCCUGACAAAACUCAACAGCUAUGGAAGGAACAAAAAACACCCGUACACCAUGAUGUGCAGUGAAUCGCUUGGACGAAGCUCCCACAAGGAGAAGUUUGUGUACUUCUACAGAAAGGAUGAGGUGACGAUGAUCGACGCCUACCAGUACAAAGAAGAAGAAGAUGAAGAAGAAGAAGAAGAAGAAGAAGAAGAAGAAGAAGAAGAAGAUAAUGAUGAUGAUGGAGAAGAUGAAUAUGAAGGUGAACAAGAUGAAUAUGAAGGUGAACAAGAGGAAUAUGAAGGUGAACAAGAGGAAUAUGAAGGUGAACAAGAGGAAUAUGAAGAUGAACAAGAGGAAUAUGAAGAUGAACAAGAGGAAUAUGAAGGUGAACAAUAUGAAUAUGAAGGUGAACAAGAGGAAUAUGAAGAUGAACAAGAGGAAUAUGAAGGUGAACAAGAGGAAUAUGAAGGUGAACAAUAUGAAUAUGAAGGUGAACAAGAGGAAUAUGAAGAUGAACAAGAGGAAUAUGAAGGUGAACAAUAUGAAUAUGAAGGUGAACAAGAGGAAUAUGAAGAUGAACAAGAGGAAUAUGAAGGUGAACAAGAGGAAUAUGAAGGUGAACAAUAUGAAUAUGAAGGUGAACAAGAGGAAUAUGAAGGUGAACAAUAUGAAUAUGAAGGUGAACAAGAGGAAUAUGAAGAUGAACAAGAGGAAUAUGAAGGUGAACAAUAUGAAUAUGAAGGUGAACAAGAGGAAUAUGAUGAAGAAGAUGAUGAAGAUGAUAAUGUUGUAGACAUGUUCGAAAGAGAGCCUUUCAUCCUACUGCUCAAGUGUCCAAAUACAGUUGUGCAGAAGCUGGUCCUGAUUCCAGUCCACACCAAACCAGCGGACGCAGAGAUAGAGCUGGAAGCUUUGGCUGUUGUGGUCGAAGCCGCGAAGAAAAGAUGGAGGACUGAUAAAAUUAUGAUUUUGGGGGACUUUAAUGCCGAUGGAAGAUAUCUCUCCAAGAAGAGGAAGGACAAGAUCAGCAUCUCCUCUGCUCCAUAUCAUUGGCUGAUAGCCGAUGAUGUCGGAACAACGACUAGUAACUGUAAUGACCACACCUACGACAGGAUCGUGGUGUACACACAGAUAACGCUGGACGCCAUUGUCCCCGGCUCGGCCAAGCCCUUCAACUUCCAGAAAGCGUUCAAGCUGACGGAUGGACAAACUCAGAGUAUCAGUGACCACUACCCUGUGGAGGUGAAGCUGAAGACCAAUCAGCGAGACAGAGGAAGACGUCGCCGCCCCGAAAAACCAUGACAACAUCCACUAAAAGAUAAAUUCAGAAGAAAGGACCACAGAAGAAGAAGAAUAUGACAGCAAAAAGGAAGAGAGGACCGUCAUCAGACACAGCGGCCAAGAGAAGACGUUAAAGACCCUACAUCAACCACUCAUUUUAAAAAGUUAUUAGCUUUUAAAAAAAUAAUUAGCAAUCUUGAAUUUCUAUCUUUCUUAGCAAACGUUCUUGAUGUGUUUGAACAGCAAAAAAAUUGUAUUUUAUAAUAUUUUUUACAACUGAAUGUAAUGUUGAAUCAUUUAGUUUGACUUCUGCGUAAGUUUUAAUAAUUAAAUCAUAUUUAACAUUUUGUUGGGGAAGAAAGUUAAAGCCUCCCGACCUCCCAAAAACGUGUUUUCUUUGUUCAGAUGGUUGAGUUUCACUGUGCAGAAUGAUUUAUGUGACAUUUCAACCGGUAUGACAUGGAAAUUUGAAACCUCGAGGUCACAAACGGAGAAUUGACUUUAUAGUGAAGUAGAAGACAUCUUGUGUCCAGAAGUUAAACUGUUAAAAUUAAAAUAUUUAGAUUUUUUUUAAUGGGGGAAAAGGCACAGGCCAAAAGGUCAUUUUUUUGGUGGAAAAAAAACACAUCGGAUACAGUUAACAUUCAAAGCAGAGUAUUUCAUUAAUCAUUUCUUUAAUCCUGAGAUAAAAACGCGCUAAUUACGUACUGUAUAUUUUCACAACAAAUCUUAAAAUAGUCUCAAGUCAAACUCUGUGUACUUGUUUUUUUUCCUGAGCUUUUAACCAGAUCUCAUGGUCUUCAUAAGCAGACAGUUUAAUCAGUAUUUAUCCUCUGAAGCCGUUCAGUGAUCUUUUAUUUACUCCUCUACUUCAUGUUUUUUUUUUUUACAUUUGAAAUUUUGAUAUUGCAAUAUAUUGUUCUGAAUUGUUUUUUAUUUGUUUGUUUGUUUUAUUGA